CACAUUUCAAGGGACCAGUACAGUGUGCGUCGCAGUCUUACAGGUCUCAUUUAAAAAGCACAAUUUUUCAGCUGGACGACCGCUUGGACUGAUUUUCUUGACUGCCAAAGGCUUUACAAGAUGUCGACCACCCAGGACUAUGAUUAUGAUUUCGAACUUCAAACAAAUGUAACAGUACCAACAGCAGCAACAACAACAGUAAACAAUACAUGGUAUCAACAGUAUCAACAUCAAGUUAAGUGGAUGUACCUUGCAACAUACUCUAUCGUUGUGAUCAUGGGUGUGACCUUCAACUUCACCAUUAUGCUCAUUUGCUGCUGGAAAUGCAAGAGUUUCCAAAAGAUUGUCAUUUGGAUUUUGGCCUUGGCUGUAACACACCUGCUCUCUUGUGUGUCUGUUGUGUUUCAAUUCCUCUACGCUUAUAAUGACUUUGAAUGGCAAUAUGGAGCUGUCAGUUGCAAGCUGUCAUCCUACAUCAUCUAUAGCAGUAUGUUUUCCACAGCGAUCAUGUUGAGCUUUUGGAGCGUUAGCGCUGCUUUUUCUAAAAGCCCAUGCACAAAGUGGUGCAAGGACCUUAAUGUUAUUCUGAUUUCAUUAUCCUGGAGUUUUGCAGCCUUCUUGGCAAUGCCGUCAUUGUUUUCCAGAGAAGUUCGGAAUACUACAUGUAUUGACAACUUUGACUUUAAUCAUGAUUCAAAACCAACUGCAAAUGGCAUUAUGAAGCUAAAGGCUGUCGUCAUCUCACGAUUUCUGUUUGGGCUUCUUAUCCCAGCUUUUGUAAUGUUUGUCAGUUAUUUGUGUUAUGUAUCCAAGUCAUAUCACCACUGUGAUCACUGUAAGAAGCAGACACAGAUCAUCUGUGCGGUUAAGGUUGCCUACUUUGUGUCCUGGAGCCCGCAAAUCUUCCUAACCCUGAUUCAAGGUACUUCAGGCAGUCUGAACCCACGUGUGCUUGAAUAUGGACUUCCAGCAGCAACGGCCCUGGCUACAACCCACUGCUUCACCUGUCCGCUCAUCUACGUUUUAGUUGGGUGUAGCAAUAAAAUGCAAUGGAUUGAGCACGACCCGGAUCACACUGAAAUUACAACAGAUGAGGCUGAUUCAAUGCCUUUACAGAGGAAUGCGUAAAUGCUUUGUACAUUCAGUAGUUUGGCACAAUAUGUUUGGCACAGAGGCAUCAAGAUAUAAGUGUCAUUUGAUCUUUUGUACAUAAAGUCAUAUAAAUCGUGUGUUUGUAUUUCAUGUAGAUGUUUAAAAUUGUAAGCCUAUAGUGUUUUUCUUUGGAAAACUUUUACUUAAUUUCUAAUAAGCUUUUUACUUUGAUUCAUAUUGAAUUUAAUUUAAUACUUAAUGUACUGGAGUAAAAAGUAUGACAUUAUGUCCAAGGUAUUAUGCUUUGUAAUGUAGUGAAUCUUUUUUUAGUAAAUUUACAAAAAUUUUGAAAAAUGUGUUUAACUCUUUCCCGCCAUUGACGAGAUAACUCGUCAAUUAAGAUAAAAUGCUUCCCUGCCAAUGACGAGAAUCCCGCUAUCCACCAGGUGGCGCACUUCCGCAACUUAUACAACCCGGAAGUAGCGCCUCAGGUGAAAGAGAGAACUCCGUGUAUGUUUUAAGAACGCUCUGAAUCUGAUCUCUAUCAAAAGUUCUUUACAAAAAUGGAAUUAUCUCAGCUUUUUGCUCAAAAUUGGGUGUUUUUGAAGAAAACCACCCAUAUUUGAGAGCUGAUAAAAAGAGAACUAAUGAAGGUAGGAAACGGGUUUUUUUUUGUUUGUUGCUGGCGCUGGCUGGCAACUUUUUUUAAAACGCUGGCAGGGAAAGAGUUAAGAAGAGUGCGAAUACGUCACUACUGUCCACCUCUGACACAAAUGAUGAUUAAGCAAUAUCGCUCGAGUAGGAGUGUGAUAUAGCUCUAUAUCAUCACGGCUGUGAUUAGGCCAGAAGCACGAGGCCGCAGGCCGAGUGCCGGAGGCAAUCACAGCCGUGAUGAUAUAGAGCUAUAUCACACGACUCCGAGAGCGAUAUUGCUUUUAUACAACAGUUCGACGGCACACGUUUAAAAAACGAAAACUAGAAAACAACAACGGAGUUAUUUUAAAAGCCUCUUUGUUUGAGAACUACUUCUUCCGCCACGGAUUUGAGGGCGGCCAGAAUGACAGGUAAAACUUUCGGCUGCUUUGAAGCUCAUAACAACUCAAUGGACGGAAAAGCCGUUUCUUUAUAUUACUGUUUCUUGGUCACAAAGUGUAGUUUUAAGAUUAGUUCAGUCGAGAAUGUAUCUGUAUUAUAUUUAAAUCUGCAGUCGAUUAGUAAAGAUAGCGCCUGUUUGAACGUUUGCUUAGUGAGAUUCGGUACAAAUGAGAACCAAAGCAUGAGCGGACAUCAGUGUUCACUCGCCCCGCUGACCACCGCCCUCUCUGAGCUACAUUUCUGAAAGGUAUUCCCUGGCUCUCAUGUUGGCCUUGUUUGUUUAUGAUGAUCGUCAAAAUGAGAUCAAAUCAGCAGUAUUUGGUGUCAUGAUCAAACUUGUACUUGUUUUUUUUAUUCAUAUUUAGUGUCUUUUGUGUUGUUAUUGUUUUGGCGCGAGGUAAAAGUUAAUAAAACUAUACUUGUGAAACGUUACUAUUGCUUUCUCAUUUAUUCUUAACGCGAUACGAGCACUCGAUUAUUAUUAUUAAACUUUGUUCUUGUCAGUACUAUACAAAACGGUUUUUUAUAAGUGUCAGAGAGAUGUUUUUGCAUGCUGCUUAUAAAUAUACCAGUGGCGAUAUCUCAUAACAUGUUUUAAUAGUCACGUCACGAUAAAGUAAAUGAUCAAUGUCCACAUUUAAAAGCUGCGGGGCUUACCUGCAGUUCCACGGUGUUUUCGCGUUCUGAUAAGAGAUAUAGCUCCAGAAAAAAAACGAGUGUUUAUAUUCCUCUUUCCAAGUGAUAAGCGUCCACACGAUGUGACAAGACAUUUCUCCCAUUAAUUGUAACGUAACAUCCAAGAGCGCUGAUCUUUGACGGAAUAAUACUUCUGAUUGGGGAUUCACAGACUGAUUUAUGAGCUAGUAAACUAAUGAGACACACACACGGAGAGUGAUUCACACAGCGCGUCUGUGUUUUUCCAUUCAGAGAUGAGCCUGCUUAGGACCUCCAUUCACUAGGUGGCGGAAUAAUACGAAAGGUGAAGCGGCUACAGUGCCGUUAUCAGUACAAUAUCGUAUAGCUCUUAGCCAAUCAGAUUCGAGAACCAGAGAGAACUGUUGUAUAAAGUA